AUGUCCAACUCUCCUCAAACACCUGUAUGGUUCAUCACUGGAGCCUCGGCCGGCUUCGGCCACUCCAUCGCCCUCGAAGCCCUUUCGCGCGGCCACAAAGUCAUUGCCAGCGCACGCUCUGCCUCCUCCCUAUCCUUCCUCGCCUCCGCCGGCGCGCACACAGUCGCUCUCGACGUGACCUUCCCCCAGCCCUCCAUUGAAGCCGUAGCGUCAGCCGCAGUCUCCAAAUACGGCUACAUAACCCAUCUCGUCAACGCGGCGGGCUAUAUGCUCUUCGGCGCCAUCGAAGAAACCUCUCCAGCCGAAGAUCUCGCCAUUUUCAGCACAAAUGUGCUGGGUACGUUGAAUCGGAGCUGGGUAUGCACUGUACAGCUCGACUAAGUUCGCCGUUUCGGGCCUGACGGAGGGGUUGCGGGAUGAACUCGCUCCUCUUGGUAUCAGUGUUACGGUCGUCGAGCCUGGGUACUUUCGUACUGACUUCCUCAAUCCGAGCAAGAGGGUUCGGAGCGCAAAGGUACUGGAAUGCUAUAGUGAUACUGGGGUGGGGAAGAAUUUGGCCGCGACGUUGGCGGCGGAUGGGAAGCAGCCGGGUGAUGUGGAAAAGGGGAGUAAGAUCAUCGUCGAUAUCCUGUGCAAAGAGGGUGCAGGGGAGGGGAAAGAGGUGCCGGUCAGGAUUCCGCUGGGAAGUGAUGCGCCGGCUGCGAUUGGAGGGAAGUGUACGAGUACAUUGGAGCUGUUGGGGGAGUGGGAAGAUGUGAUAACGAAGACGGACCAUGAGUGAGCUCAGCAGACAUCGAGGCGAAAACAUGAUCUUCUGGGUACAAGAAAUCGAAUUUCAAAUGGCCUCUUC